AAGCAAUUACUCAGUUUAAAGCAGAUCUUAUUCAUAUUAUUGGAAGCAAGCUUAAAGAUUAUUUUAAGCAGUUGAGCAAACAAACUAUUUCUUUCCCAUAUUUGGAAAGUUUAUUUUUUAGUGUUUUUGAAGGUUAUAUUCAUUAUUUUAAUUCUAGAAAGAGAAGUUAUAAGUGUUUUUUUCAAGAACCUGAUGUGUAUGUACAAUUAACUAGUAUUUUUAAUAAUCCGAAUUGGGGAUGCAAAUUUUUUGAUAAUGAUCAACAAACAUUUGUCUUGUUGUUUGAUGCGCAAGCUAAAAAAGAAGCUAAUUGUAAUUUAUUUG